AUGAAGAAGAGGAGAAGAGAAGAAGAGCUAAGAAAGGAGAUUGCGAGAACUACGGAUGAAACGAAGCAGUUGGAUCUGGUUAAUGAAUUAGGAGACCUAUACAGACUUGAUGGCGAUUUAGAAGCAGCUCGAAAUUCUUACAAAAAAGCUGUUCAACUGGCCACCGGUCUCCGAAACUACCUGGACCUUUCCUUCGCCUAUCGAGCAUUGUCUGAAAUUUGUGCGGAAGAAGGAAAGAAGCGUUGGAGUAUGCGUCGCUUUUCCGACAGACAGCGCAGCAGAGCGGCAGCCAUUCACAGAUCCAACUUCUCAUUGCAUGUUACUGGAUGGGUAUACGAGAAAUUGAACAUGCAGCAGUCACACAAUACAGCUGAUCUCGAGGAGGCACUAUCAUGGUGUUUGAAGAGCGUAGACUACAUCAAGAAAUUCGGGCACAGAAUCGACACUGAUAAAAAAGCCGUCAGAGUGGGUGGCGAUUCUGCCAGGAGAAAAGCAGGUCUGGAACGGCUGUGUUCAGGCCUUUGUGCGAAUCUGCAACGUAAAAGUGAAGCCGAAAAAUAUUGGAAUUCUGCAUAUUCGUACGCGAAAAGAACUCACGACGCAGAUUUGGAGUAUCAACUUUUACUUGCUCGAAUAGAUUUUUCUUGGGAAUCGCCGGUUAAUAAUGCUCAAAGGCUUGUUAAUUUUGCUCCUACAAAAAAGAAA